AUGCCGUGCGGAAGGGAGGAGGAGGAAGAAGCCAGCGAGGAAGCAGAGGGGGAGGAAGAAGAGGAGGAGGAUAGCUUUCUCCUGUUGGAGCAGUCGGUGACGCUGGGCGAAUCGGGCGAGGUGGACCGUCUGGUGACCCAGAUCGGCGAGGCGCUGCAGCUGGACACAGCGCAGGACAGCUCGGCCUCCCAGUGUGCGCACCCGGGGCCGUCCCUACAGCGCCCACAACCCCUGGCGGCAGUACCUGCGGACAAGGCCCGGGUCCCGGCCCUGCCUCUGUUUUUGUCGCCAGCGCCAGCGUCUACGGAGACCACGGGUCCAGGAGCCCUGCGCUGCACCCUCGGGGACCGCGGCCGCGUGCGGGGCCGGGCUGCGCCCUAUUGCGUGGCGGAGCUCACAGCCGGCCCCAACGCACUGCCCCUCCUGCCCCCUCAACCCGGCUUUGAUGGACCUAGCGAAUCCGGCAAGUCGGGCGCCACGCGGCCGAUGUCCGGCCCGUGCCGGCGAGGAUGGCUUCGGGAUGCCGCCGCCUCCCGCCGCCUGCAACAGCGACGCGGGCCCCAGUUUGAAGCCCGCCCCAGCGACGACGAUCCGCACCGGCUCCUGCAACAGCUCGUGCUCUCCGGGAAUCUCAUCAAGGAGGCGGUGCGGAGGCUUCACUCGCGACGACUGCAGUUACACGUAAAGCUUCCCCAAAGCUCUCUCCUGGGGCCUGUGUCGGCAGCCCAAGCGCACGAAUACCCUUCGCCUCGCAGCCCUCGCACAGCCAGUAGUGACCCUGGCGCGUCCAGAAGGAGCUUACAGCUCAGAACUGCCGACGGUGUUCUGGUUCCCGGCAGCUAA